GCGCUGAAAGAGGAAACCUCGUUCAAUCCCUAGUGCGUUUUCAUAGACGUGUUUACAGUUCAGCCAUAUUUGGUUGAUUUUGAUAACAAGGAUUAAAGGACAUCUAGUAGCAAAAAAACACGUAGUAGUGGAUGUAGUUUUCGCGACAGUGAGGAACACGUUUGGGGCAGCAUUCAGAUCGUAUGCAGUGCGAUUAAAUCGCUUAAAAUCCAUUAAAUACUCAAAACCGGUGGAGAAACGAGUGUACUACAGAAGAUCGUACAUUUACAACUGAGACUACAUUCCAGUCAUCCUUUGAGGGAACAAACAAACAAACAGGAGAAAAUCAAGUGUAACAAAAUAAACACAUUUACCAUGUUUGCUAUAGUAAAAACUGAGAGUGUUGAAGAGGAGAUUGAUUACACGAGUGAUCUAGAACCAUCUAGAAUCAAAGAUGAAGAUACUGAAGACACCGACGAAGACACAGACUCGACAGACAUAAAAGAAGAAAGUGAAGAACUAGAAGAGGCGGAGGAGAAAGAUCCAUAUCAGAAACCUUUCACACCCGAAGAAACAACUCCAGAGCGAUCUAAAAACACCAAAGCCAAAGGCUCCUUUAUGUGCCCUCAAUGCGGAAAGAGCUUCACUCGCCGAGACAGCCUUAAGGAGCAUUCCCGCAUUCACACCGGCGAGAAACCGUACACGUGCCAUUACUGCAAAAAGUGUUUCACGCGUAACGAAAGCCUGAAGCAUCACAUACGAAUUCACACUGGAGAGAAACCAUUUGAAUGCCAACAAUGCGGGAAGAGUUUCACCUUUAAAAAGAGCCUGAAGGUUCACGAAAGAAUCCACUCGAGAGACAAGCUCUUCAUCUGCCCUCAGUGCGGAAAGGGUUUAACUUGUAAAAAGGGUCUGGAGGACCACCUAAGAGCGCACACUGGAGUAAAGCCCUUCAAAUGCCUUCACUGCGGGAAGAUGUUCAAAUGGGCUCACAGUCUUACCUAUCACCUGCACACGCAUUCAGGAGACAAGCCUUUUAAAUGCGUCCACUGCGGCGAAGGUUAUAUAUCUCCGUCCAUUCUGAGGAACCACAUGAAGGUUCACACUAAUGAGAAACCGUAUGCAUGCACUAUUUGCGGAAAGAAGUUUUUGUGGCUGGGCAAUUUCAAGGAUCACCAGAAAAGACAUACUGGCGAGCGAGAUCAGCAGUGUUUAGAGUGCGGAAAGGGUUUUACCACGUCCAAACGCCUGAAGGAGCACCAGAAGAUUCAUAGUGGGGAAAAACCGUACAAGUGUUCGCAGUGUGACAAGUGCUUCACUCAGUCCGGGUCGCUGAAAUGCCACCUCCGGGUUCACACUGGGGAAAGGCCGUUUAAAUGUCUGUCGUGUGGGAGGAACUUCUCGCAGCUGACCAAUCUGAUCACUCAUGUUAAAAAAUACUGCAAGAAAGCGUCGAAGUGAAAUGGAAAUUGGAUGGGAGUUAAUUAUGUGGAUGAUUCAAUAGCCGGGUUUCCAUACUAACGUGAAACGAUGCUUAUUAAUUACACACCUUUGGCUUAUUCCCUGCUUUAUCAGGGGUUAUCGGAGUGGAAUGAACCACCAAUUGCUCUGGCAUGUGUUUAUUUUUCACAGCAGAUGUUUUCCAGCCACAACCUGAUACAAAGAAAACAACCUUUAGUGCUGGGAAACCCACACACCCUCUCAUUCACAUACUACAUCCAAUUUAGAAAUCAUCGCAGUGAAAUGGGAAUUGGAUGGGAGUUGAUUACGUGAGUGAUUCAACAGCAGGGUUUCUAUACUUAUGUGAAACAAUGCUGAUUAAUCACCCACCUUUGGCUUAUUCCCCGCUUCAUGAGGAUUUGCCACAGUGGAAUGAACCACCAAUUAUUCUGGCGUGUUUUUUUUCUCAGCAGAUUCCCUUUCAGCUGCAACCUGGGACUUACUCUCUCAUUCACACAAUACAUUCAAUUUGGAAAUCGUCACAUUAAAAUGGAAAUUGGAUGGGUGUAAAUUAAGUGGCUGAUUCAAUAGUCAGGUUUCCAUACUAACAUGAAACAAUGCUUAUUAAUCAUCCACCUUCGGCUCAUUUCCUGCUUUAUAAGGGGUUAUCACACAGUGGAAUGAACCACCACUUAUUCUGGCAUGUGUUUUUUUUUUUAAACACCCACAUACUCUCAUUCGCACACUACAUCCAAUUUAGAAAUCGUUGCAGUGAAAUGGGAAUUGGAUGGGUGUUGAUUAUGUGGAUGAUUCAAUAGCCGGGUUUCCAUUCUAAUGUUAAACAAUGCUUAUUAAUUACACACCUUUGGCUUAUUCCCUGCUUUAUCAGGGGUUAUCACAGUGGAAUGAACCACAAAUUACUUUGGCAUGUGUUUUUUUUUUUCACAGUAGAUGUUUUCCAGCCGCAACCUCUUACUAAGUAAAAAACCCUCAGUGCUGGAAAACACCCACAUACUCUCAUUCACAUACUACAUCCAAUUUAGAACUAAUCGCAGUGAAAUGGGAAUUGGAUGGGAGUUGAUUACAUGGAUGAUUCAACAGCAGGGUUUCUUUACUUAUGUGAAACAAUGCUUAUUAAUCACCCACCUUUGGCUUAUUCCCCGCUUUAUCAGGGUUUGCCACAGUGGAAUGAACCACCAAUUAUUCUGGCGUGUGUUUUUUUUUCCUCAGCAGAUUCCCUUUCAGUUGCAACCCGGGACUAAGAGUACAACUCUCUCAUUCACACAAUACAUCCAAUUUGGAAAUCGUCACAUUAAAAGGGAAAUUGGAUGGGUGUUUAUUAAGUGGCUGAUUCAAUAGUCAGGUUUCCAUACUAACAUGAAACAAUGCUUGUUAAUCAUCCACCUUCGGCUCAUUUCCUGCUUUAUGGGGGGUUAUCACAGUGGAAUGAACCACCACUUGCUCUGGCAUGUGUUUAUUUUUCACAGCAGAUGUUUUCCAGCCACAACCUGAUACAAAGAAAACAACCCUUAGUGCUGGGAAACACCCACACGCUCUCUCAUUCACAUACUACAUCCAAUUUAGAAAUCAUCGCGGAUGGGAUUUGAUUAUGUGGAUGAUUCAAUAGCCGGGUUUCCAUACUAACAUGAAACGAUGCUUAUUAAUUACACACCUUUGGCUUAUUCCCUGCUUUAUCAGGGGUUAUCACAGUGGAAUGAACCACAAAUUACUCUGGCAUGUGCUAUUUUUUUCACAGCAGAUGUUUUCCAGCCCCAACCUGAUACUAAGUAAACAACCCUCAGUGCUGGAAAACACCCACACGCUCUCUCAUUCACAUACUACAUCCAAUUUAGAAAUCAUCGCAGUGAAAUGGGAAUUGGAUGGGAGUUGAUUACGUGAGUGAUUCAACAGCAGGGUUUCUAUACUUAUGUGUAACGAUGCUGAUUAAUCACCCACCUUUGGCUUAUUCCCUGCUUUAUCAGGGGUCACAACAGUGGAAUGAACCACCAAUUACUUUGGCAUGUGUUUUUUUUUUUUUUUUCCACAGUAGAUAUUUUCCAGCCGCAACCUGAUACUAAGUAAACAACCCUCAGUGCUGGAAAAUACCCACACACUCUCUCAUUCACAUACUACAUCCAAUUUAGAAAUCAUCGCAGUGAAAUGGGAAUUGGAUGGGAGUUGAUUACGUGGAUGAUUCAACAGCAGGGUUUCUAUACUUAUGUGAAACAAUGCUGAUUAAUCACCCACCUUCAGCUUAUUCCCCGCUUUAUCAGGGUUUGCCACAGUGGAAUGAACCACCAAUUAUUCUGGCGUGUGUUUUUUUUCUCAGCAGAUUCCCUUUCAGUUGCAACCCGGGACUAAGAGUACAACUCUCUCAUUCACGCAAUACAUCCAAUUUGGAAAUCGUCAUAUUAAAAUGGAAAUAGGAUGGGAGUUGAUUACGUCAGUGGUUCUCAAACUGGAAGUCGCAGAAUAAUUUCAAGAGGUCGCGAGAGUGAUGUAAAAAUUGUGUAAUUUUCAGUGAUUAAAAUAGAUAUUUUUAAGUAUUACAAGUGAAAGCUACAAACAAAUAUUUUUAGAUGUUUUAAAGAUAUUAUUGAUUAGUGUUUUAAUCAGUGUGCAGUAAAUAACUCGCUAGUUAUCACUACAGCACGCAUCUGGAUGUGAAAACCGCAACUGCAGAGAUGGAUAAAUUUGUAAUUCCCAAAUCUAAAAAUGCAGAGGAAACUGUGGACAGUUUGCCUGAGUCAUCGGAACCGUCUACUUUGACUAAGUAUAAGAGCAAGACCCCAUCAGAGCAAAACAGGAAACGUCAGAAAUAUCAGGACGAAUUCAUAAAGUAUGGAUUCACUUGCUGUAAUGUCAACAAUACCCAUUUAAAGGUAAGCUGAAAGUAAUUUAAUGUAUAGUAAAUAUAGUUAAAAUACUGUGAACAGCUUAAAAUGAGUUGUUUUUAAUGUGUGUAUAUGCUUUGGUAGUGGGGGGUCGCGAGUCUAUGACGAUAUUACAUUGGGGGUCUCUGGCAUAAAAGUUUGAGAACCACUGGAUUUUUAAUUGGCUGAUUCAAUAGUCUUGGUUUCCAUCCUUACAUGAAACCAUGCUUAUUAAUCAUCCACCUUCAGCUCUUUUCCGUCUUUAUAAGGGGUUAUCACAGUGGAAUGAACCACCACUUAUUCUGGCAUGUGUUUGUCACAGCGGCUGCUUUUCCAGCCACAACCUGGCACUAAAAAAAACAACCCUCAGUGCUGGGUUUCCAUAUGCAUACGAUGCAUAUUAAUCAUCCACCUUCAGCUUAUUCCCUGUUUAUCAGGGGGUUUCCACAGUGGAAUGAACCACCAAUUAAUCUGGCAUGGGUAUUUUUCACAUCGGAUAAUUUUCCAGCCGCAACCUGGCACUAAGAGUACAACCCUCAGCUGUAGGAAACACCCACACACUCUCUCAUUCACACACUAUAUCCAAUUUUUGGAAUCGUCGCAGUGAAAUGGAAAUUCGAUGGGGACAGGUUUCCAUUCUAACGAGAAACAAUGCUUAUCACUCACCUUCAGCUUAUUCCCUCCUUAAUCAGGGGUUUGCCACAGUGGAAUGAACCACCAAUUAUUCUGACAUGUGUUUUACACAGCUUUUGCCCUUCCAGCUGCAACCUGGGACUAAGAGUACAACCCUCAGUGCUGGGAAGCACCCACCCACAUUCACACAUGAUCAAUUUAGGCCCUGUCCACACGAACACGAGUAUUUUCAAAACCUCGUUUUUUUUCUACGUGGUUUCGCUGUUUGUCCACACGGAAAAGCAGUGUCAGGUGACUGAAACCGAAACUUUCUGAAAACUCUAGCCAGGGUGAAGAUUUUCCCCAAAAGUCUGGGUACAGUGUGGUUGUGUGGACGCUACAACCAGAGUUUACGCCUCAUGACGUCAGCAUACUUGCUGUUUUCUCCUUUCUGAUCACGGCUGGUUUUACACCAAAUGCGGAAGAUGCAAAUGAGGCAAAAUUGCACACAUUCGCUGCCAACGCGUAGCAUAUUUGGUGUUGUUCGUACUGCAAGACGGUAAUUCACUUCUGUUCUCAUGUUUGCACUAAUCUGUAUGCGAUUUACUCAUGCAAAUACUUAAUUCCCAGUUUGGUGUGAACUUAGUAUAAAGGUGUCAUUAUCGCCCCCUGUUGGCACAACGUUUUCCCACAAUGCAAACAAAUUACGAAAACAUGCUGCAUUUUCUCGCAACACUUUCAAAUAGCUCAGAACACAAUGGAAACGUUUCAAGGGGACCCUAAAACCUCACGGACGCCGCUGUGCUGUGACUAUUGCUCAGUGUAGUUGUAGGUGAUCUUUGAAAGGUGAGAUUUUGUUUGUUUAUUUUAACAUCCUGAUUCCCCAGCCUGAUCACACGAGAAAACGUAAGUAUUUUACGUUGACAGUUUAGUGGCUAAUUCGUACGAGUUCAGUCGUACGAAAUUGUACGAUUUUAAAAAGGAGGCGUGGCACCUAACCCCACCCCUAAACCCAACCGUCAUUGGCGGAUGAGCAAAUCGUACUAAAUUGUAUGAAUUAGAUUGUACGAAUUUGUACGAAUUAGCCACUAAAUCAAAAAGUUACGAACUGCUGUGAGAUUGUGUUGGAUUCCUUUGUCUCUUGUAUUUUAUUAGCCUAAAUAACCAUAACCUAAAUAGCCAGGUCAGUCACGUUGUAGGGUCUCCUUGAAACAUUUACAUUGUGCUUGGAGCUAUUUGAAAGUGUGAGAAAAUGCAGCGCGUUUUUGUAAAUUGUUUGCUUUGUGGGAAAAUGCAGCACGUUUUUUAAAAAUGUGUUUGCGUUGUGAGGAUUGUGCUGUCAAACGAAUCAAGAUUUUGUAUUAAUUUGCUGCCGUUUUUUGUAACUGCACGUGUUUUCUUAAAUUGCAGCACGUUAAGCUCUCUCGGCCACCGUACAUCAUAGUGCGUUUUUACAUUUUCAUGUAGAUGGAGAUUUCUUUUUAAACAAAAGCAGGGAAAACCCAUUUCUAAAAAUACCCUUGAAUGUGUGGACAUGGCCUUAGUUUAUCUAAUUCACCUAUUGACCUUACUCUUGACGUACGAGCGGAUGCAGUCAUUGGAAUCUUUUUGGCUCGACACUUCCAGUCUCAUUCACUUCCAUUGAUUUUUAGACAUUAAAACAGCUUGUUGUUGCACAUUGAUAAUGUUUUUUAUUAUAUUAUUCUACUUUUUAUGUAUACUCAUGAACACGUAUGUUUGUUUGUAGAGAAAGUAGUUUGAUUUUUUUUCCACCAUGUAUUAUUCCUGGUCAUUUCUCCAUAGGCAACUGAAUUGGAAGUUCUAAAACAAUCGCACAAACGAGCGCACUUCCUCACUGCAGAAGAAGGUCAAUACUGCAUGUCUUUAGGGGAACUUUUCAAAAACAAAACCUUUUUUUUUUGUGAAUUAAGGGAUUUUCUUAUUUGAAAUUUGCAGUUUUCCAAACAACCUCAAGUCAGCAGAAUUUGUUUUUUCGUUCAUUACAGGGUUUUUAUUUUAAAUUUGCCAUUUCUAGAACCAUUUAAAGCGAGUGUAAAAACUUUAUUGCGGAUUAAAGAGAUUUUUAUUUUAAAAUAGGCAUAUCCAUUUCUCAUUUAGAAAUGUUUACAUUGCUAAAAACAACUCAAGCAAGUGUAAAAACAUUUGCACGAAUUAAAGGAUUUAUAUUCUAAAUGUAGCAUCUCCAAAACCAGCUAAAGUGUCAAAAUUAUUUAGCAAAUUAAGAGAUUAUUAUUCUAUAUGUAGCGUAUCCACCUCAUUCGAAAUUCGAAACCAGGCUAAUGAUUUUCUCCCAAGCAAUUUCUUAGUGUAAAUAAAUGCUGCAUUCCAGUUUGCCUACUUAACCUACAUCCUAAAAGCGUGUACUCUUGUUGUGAAGCAAAAGUACAUGCGGAGGAGUGUUUGAAGCUUUGUGAUGAACUACCUUCUCAUGAAUGCACUAUUCUGUUGUUUAGUUUGCUCUGUCAACCUUUCUAGCAUCAUUUCUUUUUAAUUAAUGUCAAUUCCAUCAUCAUGUUUUUAUGAUUUUAGUUUAUUCAUAAUUUUUAUUUCAUGUAAUUUGACUUUAGUUUUUUGUUUGUUUGUUUGUUUUUAUAAUGUAAUGUUUUGUUUUUGAAGGCUGGUGAUUUAUUAAUGUCUGCACAAUAAAAUAAAAAGAACCCAAAGAUUGCUGUCAAUCUUUUAUAGUCGUUGACAUUAUCUUCAACAGG